AUCUUCUUAGUGGUCCUUCCGAUUACCAAAAACAGAGAUAAGUUAUACUUAUAGGCCAGACUAGUUUCAGUUGAAGGGGAGUGAAACAGUUAGAUAAUUAUGGAAUGGAAUGGAAACACAAGAAGUUUUGUUCCUCAACCAGAGUCUUCCUUAAGCUUCCUCUACAACUACAACCAAUGCUCAUAUCAAGGAAUGAUGGAAGUGAAACAUCAAGACUGGACAGAUACAAUGUUCCCAGAAAUGGAAAAAAUGAUGAAGUAUGGGAAUCAGGAAAAGAAAAAGCGAUUAACGAGUGAACAGAUGGAAUCACUGGAGAGUAGUUUUCAAGAGGAGAUCAAACUAGACCCUCAAAGGAAGAUGAAGCUUUCCAAGGAGUUAGGGCUACAGCCUCGUCAAAUUGCUAUUUGGUUCCAAAAUAGACGUGCUAGGUGGAAGACCAAGCAACUUGAACACUUAUAUGAUUCACUUAGACACCAAUUUGAGGUUGUGUCUAAGGAAAAACAGCAGCUUCAGGAUGAGGUUAUGAAGUUGAAGGCUAUGUUGAAAGAACAAGGUAACUCUUGUGGUAGAAUGCAAGGUUACUAUACAGAAAUGUCAGUGGAAGAAACAGAAACAGUAGAAAGCACAUCAGAAGCAGCUCUACGUUGCUCCAACAGAGAGGUGAAGGGAAAGAUUCAUCAACAGUUGAACAUUGAUGAAGGAAACUGUAGUUUCAAUUUAGAGGACUAUAACAUUAAUAACAAUGUUCCACUAUUGCCCUACUGGCCUGCUGCUGUACCUUAUAACUAUCACCCUUAAUUAUAUUAUUAAGUAAUCUUUGUUUGAAGUUUGAACAACAGCUUUAUGUGAGUCUGAGAUUAAUUAAUUUUACUGGUUGUGUAGAUUAGAA